AGUCGGGGGACUAGCAACCGUCCUGGCUGAUUACAAAAAAAAUCAACCCAAGGAAUUAUUUUUCCAUCCAACCUUUUUUCUCAAAACUUCCCAAGGAGGUUGUAACCUAAAACGCCACAGUGCGCAGAAAAAAAAACAUGGAAAGCGCGGGAAAACCAGCCGAUCGUCUUUUUUUUCUGCUCGUAAAAUGCUCGAAGUUUUAGUGACCUGUGAUUAUUUUUAUUGUUAGUGCCGUGAUUGGGAGUUAAUUUAUAGGUUUUAUUCGUUACUGUAUAAAUGAACGCAAUCGAGCAAGAUGGUAGCAAUGUCGCAAAGAAGAAGAAUAAAGUUGAUCAUACUUUUAAUAUUCUAUGGAACAGCUGAUGUUAGAAGCAGUUUGCCGGUGGAUUUGGCUUCUGAAGAAAAAGUUCAGCCCCCAACGACACUAUCUCUCACUUCCACGUCAUCAGCAGCCACCACCGUCAACAUUUCAACGUCAACUUACGCCACCGUCAUCCCUCCGAUACCUCCAAGCAAUAGGGACAGGUUCCUGACCUUCGCGGAGUCUGGGUACUACCAGACCUUCAUGUUUGCUAAGGACAAUACGUUUAUACAGCUGGAUGGAGACAUAAUACAGAGGUUCCAACUCAGGUUGUGCAGAGAGAUUUCUUUCAAGUUCCGCACGCGACUGCCUCACGGGUUGUUGGUCUACCACAACGUUAAGAAUCCCGUCUUCAAGAUGCAGCCUUAUGCUCUGUACGUGAUCGUGGAGAAAGGGGAACUUAAAGUGGUCCACGUAUUUGGCAAGCACCUAACUUCAGUUACCGUAGGAAGGGCAUUAAAUAGAGACCAGUGGCAUAACGUGGUGGUCACCAUAGAUGUCCACGGGGCACGGCUCAUUGCUAAGGUCGACCACUUGAAAGAAGAAGUUUAUCUAAAGGGAUUAAGCUUCGACACAAAUUACGGAAUCACGGACAACCUAACAUCGGUCAUACUUAUCGGAGGUCUUAGUUCAGAAGAAAAGCUGCACGGAGUGAAAUACAUAAUAGAAUCUUUCGUCGGUUGUAUCAGCGACAUGGUUCUAAGUUCUGGCAAGGCUGCAUCAGACCUUCUCCCUAUAGUACCCCUUAUAGCUACGAAGCACGAAAAUGUUAAAGAAGGCUGUAUAGACAAGUGCAGGACUAUGGAGAACCUUUGCUUCGAAGGGUCCAGAUGUAUCAAUGAGUAUAACGGGUACAGAUGUGACUGCUUCGGGACCUUGUAUGAGGAGCAGCUUUGCGAUGUUUACACCGCUACAGUGCUCACUUUACGAGGGUCCAGCUACGUGUCCUACCGCGUGUACGACUGGAAGGAUCGAGUACAUUCUACCAACACCAGAGUCAGCUUGCACUUUAAGACCCGGUUCGAUGACUCAGCUUUGUUUUACGCCAGCGGUCAGAUUGACGACAAACACCAUUACAUUGCUUUAUCCAUUCACGACGAAAAAGUAGCCAUCCAAAUCGACUUAGGCGACGGGCCCGUAGAGGAUUAUAUUGGCGAGAAAGUCAAUAACAAUCGAUGGCAUAACAUCACAGUUAUAUUACAAGAGAAAACAGUGAACGUGUACCUGGACGAUGUAACUCAGACUUACGAGGUCCCUGGAGACACCAGAUACGUGUGUAUCGACCCAGAGAUCUACAUAUGCGGUGGGCCAGAUCUCCACAAGAUGAAAGGCUUGAAGUCGUUCAACAAUUUCGCUGGCAACUUGAAAUACGUUUAUUACAACGACGUUUCUAUCCUUUACGAGCUGAAGCAGAACAACACUAAAGUGCAUUAUAUCGGCGUACUGGACGCGGAGUUCGAAGAGAUUGAUAUAGAGGUGAUACCGAUCACAUAUCCUUUUGCGACGUCCCAUAUAUGGUGGCCAUUGAAUCAGAGUAACAGCAUCAACCUGAUAUUUGACUUUAAGACGAGUAAGAAUAUGGCUGUUUUGGCUUACAGUCAGAUCACGUCGGGACAAGGCUAUUGGGAGGUGCGCAUGAUAAAAGAAGAGAUAAGGUUCGAGCUAGUCCCAGAUGUGGGCAAGAAUGUGACAGUGCUGAAGUCGGUCAAGUUCAACGUGAGCAACGACUGGCACAAUGUAGAGCUGGACUACAGGAAGGGGCGCAUCAAGCUUACCGUCGAUCAUCACAAUAAACACGCGCAGAUGUUUGGUCUGGAUUUCCAGCUUCAAGAUAAAAUUGUUAUUGGGAGUGGUCUCAAGUCCGCCAAUCUAGGAUUGAUUGGAUGCAUGAGGAACAUCAAGAUAAACGGUCUUCUUAUAGAACCGAGAUUCGUAAUAAACACGGAGCGAGUGGUUGGUGAAGUUGCCAUUGACGACUGUCGCUACGUGGACCCGUGCACGCGGCCCAACACCUGCGAGCACGGCGGCGUGUGCUCCGUCAGCAUGGACCGCGUCAUCUGCAACUGCGACAAUACUGGCUACAUUGGCGAGAACUGUCACUUCGCAACCUUCCGAAAGACUUGCGAAGAGCUAGCAUUACUGGGCUACACGAGGAAUGACGUCUACCUCAUAGACAUCGACGGCAACGGACGGUUCCCACCAGCCCAUGUCAAAUGCGAGUUCCAAAUCGAAGCGGAUUCCUCCACCACCGUCGUGGAACAUAACCUGCCUAGCCAAGUUGACGUUCGUUCAGCAUCCGGCGAGGACUUCAGCUUCAAAAUCAAGUAUCGGGAGUUCACAGCCGAGAUGUUACAAGAGUUAAUAUCCCACUCCUUGUACUGCCGCCAGUACAUCAAGUAUGACUGCAACAUGGCACCAUUGGAACUGCACAGCGCUACUUGGUUCAUAUCCUCUUCGAACGAUACCGUCGACUUUCUUGGCAAAGUGAAGAGAGGGUACUGUCCUUGUGGCGUGAACGGUACUUGCGUCAACCCUACACAGUCUUGCAACUGUGACGCAAAUGAGAACAAGUGGCAUUCUGACGAAGGGGUCCUGGUGGACCCCAAGAGUUUGGGAAUUACGGAAAUGUUCUUUCUGCAGCAGAAAGACUUGACGGAGGAGGCUCAAGGUCGGAUCACGUUGGGGCCUUUGGAAUGCGUUGAGACUAAUACUCAACGCUAUGUAGUGACAUUCACAACUUCGCAAUCUUACAUCGAAGUGCCAGGCUGGAGGAAGGGGGAUAUAGCUUUCAGUUUCAGAACUACUGGAACCAGUGCCAUAUUACUUUUUCAGCCACCUAUAAGACCUAAUUAUCCAUCCUUCAUGGUCGCGUUAACUAGUGAACACGAACUAACCUUCAAUUUCACUCUUAAUACGGGGACUACCAGAAAGCUAGUAAUAAACUCCAAAAGAAAACUGAACGGAGGCGAAUGGCACAAGAUCUGGAUCGACUAUAACUUCUACCACGUACGGUUUAUGUUAAACACGGAACGAAAAAUGUUAAAUUUACUACAGGAAGAAGAGUUUGGGCCGUUUGAGGGCUCUAUGUUUAUUGGAGGAGCUACAGCGGAACAUCUAAAAAAAUCCGCCGUCCAUCAAGGUCUCAUCGGCUGCUUUAGAGGUUUAGUAGUAAACGGCGAAAUUCUCGACAUUUAUAGCUACAUGUCUGUCCAUCUAUCGGAAAUUAUUAAGGAUUGUAAACCUUCUUGUGUACCAAAUCCUUGUCAGAAUAAGGCUAUCUGUAAAGAACUGUGGUCCAGCUAUGAAUGUAUUUGCAAGAAUCCAUGGGCACAUUUAGGAAACCAUUGUGAAGAAAACAUAAAUAGCAAAGCAUUAACAUUCCAAACUCAGGAAUCAUAUUUAAAGAAGAAUUACUUGGUAGACAACACAACAGAAGCUGAAAAGCAAAGACUGAAGAAAAUGAUGACGGAGAAUGUAUUGAUGAAUUUGAGAACAUACGAUGAUAACUCGAUAGUAUUGUAUGCCAAUGACAAUCUCAACAACUUCAUUCAUCUCUUCAUUCACAACGGCACUCAAAUAAUAUACCUUUUCAAUCACGAGGACGAAAUUGUAGAAAUGAAUGUAACUUACAAGAAAAUAAACAAAGGUGAAAGUGUACAGAUAGCUAUCAUCAGAACUGAAAAUACAACUACUCUACAUGUUAACGAUCAAAACACUACAAUUAAUAAAGUACCUAAACUUUUGACGAACUACACAAAUACGCCUUGGAUUAAUCCUGAUUUAGAGGUCAUCCGUCCACAAAGACCGCCAGCGCCUCCAACUGACUACUUCCAAAUGAAUCUCGGUGGAUUUGACCCUUUAUCCCUCCAGUUGGUCCAACGAGCCAAUCUGCUUCCUCAAGGGGGAUACGUCGGCUGCGUUAGAGGUUUCAAAAUAGCAGACCACGUUGUAGAUCUCUCUAGAAAAGCACAACAGGAGGUGGAUCAAGGUCAAGGCGUCUUAGCAGAAUGCAACAUGAAAUGCGACUCAGAGCCUUGCAAGAAUGGAGGCAUCUGUACUGAAGACUUUACCAACCACGAAAGCAGUUGUGACUGCGAGCUUACCAGCUACUUUGGAGAAUAUUGCAUGGAAGAAAAGGGAGCUGAAUUUAAUGGAGAAAGUAUCUUGCAGAGAAACUUUGCUCUUCCUGGACCUAUUUCUAAGGUCAAAAUUAAAUUGGCGUUUUCAAGUAACGAUUUAAGACAGAAAAACACCGUGUUACUGUUAGUGCAAACUGAGAAUAAGCGGAGUUAUUACUUACUAGUGGCAAUAACACAAGACGGCUACUUAAAGUUUGAAGAGGAUCGCGAAGAAUCGGCGUAUGGAGCCGAAGUGAAAAAUAGGAAUUUCUUAAAUGGUGCUAGACAUACAGUUUACUAUACAAGAAUAGGUCAAGAAGCAAAACUUCUUAUAGAUAAAAUAGAGGUUCCCUUAGAGAAAUUACCACCUCAAGGUCUUUGGGAAGUGAACGACGUGGGGUCCAACGAGGUUCAGAUAGGAGGCCUCAAUACUACAGACCCGAGGCUGAUCAUCUACAAAGGGUACAAUGGAUGUCUGUCCAACAUCUUCGUAGAAAUAAACGACUACAUAAUGAAGCCGCUAGAAGAAUACAUGCUGUUUACGGAUGGCUCAGAUUCUGAGAAGGUAAACGCUGUGAACGCGCAAGGGGUUCGCAGCGCACAGUGUUCAGCAGACUUCGAUGAAGCCUGGCCGCAGCACGACCAGCUUGGCUCUACGCAUAAUGGGAGCUUUCUUAUUAGUGUAGAUAAAACCUGGGUCGAAGAUCCCCCGUCCAGAAUCCCUUACGACUCUCUGUACCAACAACCAGACACAGAAGAAGAAAACACUGACAAAUUCUUCAUAGCUCUCAUAGUCAUAUUCCUUCUUGGACUAUGCUAUUGUGGUUCACAUAUGUGGAGAACUCACAAAGCACACAAACUUCGCCUAGAAAAGGAAACAGAUGAGAAUAUCAUGAGAAACAAAGAGAAAGCAAUCAAACUGCAAGAACCGAGUGUCUCAUUUUUACAGCUAAACAAAGAUGAAGGAGAGGCCAACAAAGAUGGCGAAAAAAAGUCCAACGGUGUAACGAUAGAUGUUAUACCGACAGUCGUGGUGGAAAUGGCAAACGAGGACAAACCACUUAUCAGGAGAGGGUCGUUGCGGUUCAGAGAUUUAGUAGAUAAGGAAGUCUCCUUCGAACCUCUGGAGGAAAAAGAUGAAAUGGAACACGAAGAUGAAGAGAAUAACCACAAGGUACAAGACGAAGAAACUGAUGAAGAAGAUGAAGACGACGAUGAGGUUGAUGAAGUCGAGCCUGAUAAAUUUAACUCCAUCGCUCAUCGCAUAACAAGAGACCCAAACUUAGGACCACCUACAUCAACAAAUACGACACAACUGCCAUAUAAAAUAGAUGAAGACGGAUCAAAUGAAUUGUUAACAUCAAGUGCAUGAAUUAAAUGUUUUGUAUUAAACGUUUUAAA